AGGUGUAACGCUCAUCAUUCAGCAAUGGCAGAUGAAGAACUCGCAAGUUACAAGCUGCAAUUCCAGCAGGUGGAAGCUGCCCUCCUUGGUGAUCCAGACAAUGAAGAGUUGAAAAAGCUCAAGGCAGAUUUGGAAGAAGUGAUAGCUCUGCAGGUAGAAUUGGCUAGUUCCUCAGCUUCCGGCUCGGCCAACGCUGCUCCUACGGUGCCACAUCCAGUGAAGAAAUUUGAGGUUGGUGAUCGUGUUAUGGCACCUCUACCUAAUGGUAAUCGUGCUGUUGCAGUGGUUGAUUCAUUGACAGCCGCUGGAGUUGCUGUAAUUUUCAUCAGCAGCGGCCAGAAAACCAUUGUGGAUCCGUCCGAUCUUACCGAUGCGCCAGAUGCCCACCGCAAGCAAUAUGUUUUCGACUCAGGUCGUAAUGGUAUUUCCAAAACCGCUUCGAACAAAAAGGAGUGGCUGGCAGAACGGGAACGGCGGCGCUUGAGAGCGCAGAAAAAGGAGUUAAAACGCAAAGAGUUGGAUGUAGCCAAAGAAAGUGAAAAGAAUAAUUGGCUAAAAUUCACAAAUAAAGCCCUCAGUAAAGGAAUAAAGGGAAUGAAGCGUGUUAGUGCAACAGGAUCAGCACAAGAUGGUCCCGCCGGAGGGAUGAAGUCGCAAACGCUUGUCUCAUCUCGAGCUAAUCAGUUUGCCUUCAAAUCGGCGCGUGGUUCGAUGGACUCUCUGUUUUGAUGUUAUUAUCGCGUUGUUUUGUCAAUUCCAUUUACCUCAAAUCGCAAAGUAGUCGCUCCUUUGAAAAUAGCUACUUGUAAAUUCCAUUUUUGGUGUUUCAUUAUUUGAAUAACAAGAAAUUCUGAUGUGUAUCGUGCUAGUUGGCUGCAUCACAAUAAAUGCAAG